CGAGGAGGUCAAGGUACCUGCGAGGUACCUGGCUGGCCGGCCAAAACUCGGCUGCGGGUCAAGUACCUGCCAGGUUCCCCUAGCGCGAGGGAUCAUCUCCCGCCUUGGCUUUGGCUUCGCAUCUUCUCACACGAUCGCCAGCGUCAGCUUCUUCCAGGCCAGCUUCCCACUCUACGUCUUGCCUCCUCGAUUGCUUCUCACCGCGUGUUUUAUUUUCUAGCAGCCUCCUGCCCUGCUGCUCUCUCCUUCUGCCCAAUGUGUUGAUUUCGCAAUUCAUCUGGCUGCCCUGAUCGUCGGAAGGCCUCGAUAGGAUCGUCCAUCGUCCAACUCCGCUGCUUCGCAAUGGACGACACCAACAACCCCUCCCGCGCAACCGACACGCCCGAGGGUUCUGUAGGAGGUGACGAUACCCAACGGCAGCAGACCCCAGCGAAGAAUUCUACGAUCAAGGACAAGCAAUGCCAGUACUGUCACCAGGCGUUCACCUCGUCGUCCUUGGGCCGGCAUCUCGAUCAGUAUCUGUUCAAGAAGAAGCCCGACGGCAUCCACGAUGUCGAGGAGAUCCGGCGCAUUCGAAGCGGUAUCACCAGGCGCCAGGCGCGCACUUCAACGGGGAAGCGGGACAGUCCAGACCGUGCCAUGGGGAAGAGUCAGCACGAUCCGCAUGGUGUAGUUCCUUUGGAACUGAAUAGUAAGCACCAAGGGGGCGUCCGGAUGAUGUUCAAUACGCCUACGUGGCACGCGACAGGCGUCAUCAACGACAUCCCCAAUCCAUCAAGCCCGCGAGAUGGUCCCAGUGCUGCGUGGUUCACGACGUCGCAGCCGUCCGUCUCGAUAGGUCCACUGGACUAUGCCAGCCGUGGUGGUAGUGCGAAUUCGGCGGACACGGCGAGAGCAUUGGAGUUGGCAUUGCGGGAGGUUCUGGAUAAUAUCAAAGCAGCGACUUCUAGGGUGCGACCCCGAUUAUCGCCUUUUGACUUCGAUCUCCAGUCGCAGACAUUUCCAGCUUUAUGUCUGCAGAUGCUUCCGCCUCCUCCAAGUCUAUUCUCCGUUCAUCCUUUUCCUGCUCCAGGCUCGUUUCCUCUACAACCUCCAGGCCCCGGGCAUGUUGAGAUUGUCCGACAAGCUCUACGAGCUCAGAUUGAGCAGUGGAAAUCGGACCAGCUGGCAUCUGCCACCACGAGCCGGUCGACUCCCGGGAAGUCGGGCGUGAAUCUCCCUAGCAAUGAUCCGACCAUGAUUACUCGAACGGCCCAGCAGCACGACGAUAUUAGUUCCAGACAUCUAGACUUGUCGUUUCAACAUUGGAUGGCACUUUCUCCGGAGACUCAGCGUGAGCAUUGGCACCUGGAGAUCACAAGGGCUUUUGCUCGGGAAGUCGAGAAGCGUAGACAUCUCGACCACCAGCUGGAACGAGUACAGCAGGAAGCGAACCAGCUACGGGCUCAAGUGGAGAAAUUAGGUUCCUGCCAAUGGCCUAGGGAGUUCGCGAUAUUCCCUCCCGACCUUCUGCCUCUUCCUCGAGAUGUAACUAGGGAGUUGGAUGCACAAGAAGGUCUGCUCAAUCCAGCCUCUUCUAGAUGGGAUUACGACACGGUGGUAGCGAAAUGGAAGCGUGUGGUGAUGCAUGACAAGAGUAUGGGCCGGUAUGGUGUCAGCUAUGCGAACAGUGUAUCGGAGGAAAACAGUCCUACCGUAAAACUGCAUACUGAUGAUGCGCACAAGGCUGCCAAUCGGUCGCAACCGAUGCAGCCUCCUGCGGCUCGUAGCCCAAUUCCACCUGCUGCAAGCCCUGGCCAAGCAGCGUCUACCAGCUCGCAACAGCAGACACCUCCAUAUCAGCCUCAGGAGAAUAUCCAAAGUUACAAUGGGGUUCCGCAGGCUAAGCGUCAACGUCUAAUGAACGGGAGUCCGGCGGCAACCGGUGCAGCAGAAGGUAGACAUAGCCCAUCCGCCGGUGAUAGUACUAAUGGUACGUCCUCAUCAUGGGGUCCUCACUCUGUCCAGUCGUUACUUCUAUCUGGACCUGGUACGGCGUCUGCGCCAACUCCUCCUCCAUCGCGCCCUAGCGUACGGUGAUGUGCAGAUAUCGGGAUCGUGUGUAACUCCUAUCCGCCUGGAGAGGCGUAUAGAGAGAAACUCGCACAUGCGGGAAGAGCAUGGUGCACUGUUACACUGGACCUGCAAAGUGAUGUCUAAGUCCCAGAAUCGCACAAAACCAACAGAGGACACCUAUGCAUGGAAGUGGGAACAACCCAAAGGACGUAGCCAGAAAUGGCCGCAGUCUGG